AUGCUUUCUAAUAACCGUGUAAAACCUCACAAUGGAAAAACCAAGACUGUUGGCAAUGGUCUUCAAGAAAGUUUGAUAACAUCCAAAUCAAGCGACUGUCUUUACAAGUGCUCAAGGUGCAAAUACAAGACACGUCGAAUAGAUCGUUACCAGAAACACAAAGAAGAAAAAACAUGUGAGAAAUUCUCUGACAUGGACGAUAUUUGGCUUAAAGCAUCAAAAACUUCAAAUACCACAGCUGGUAAAGAAACCCCCGUAUCGAAACGCUCAUCUACUUACAAUACCAAAUCAAAACCUAACAAAUGCAAUCAGUGUUCUUAUAGUUCAAACCGAAGUGACUGCUUGCAGAAACACAUAGAAAAAGUGCAUUCGAAAAGUAUUUGCUACAAGUGCAACAUGUGUACUUUUCAAUCUAACUAUAACAAAGAAUAUUAUGAACAUGUGAAAAGCCAUUACGUUGGUCCUCCGUUCGUGUGCGAUGUAUGCUCUUAUAAAUCAAAGCUCAUAACAGCUUUUGUUGCACAUAGAGUAAUUCAUUCCGGAGAUCGCCUUUUUUGUUGCACUUUAUGUGCCUUUAGCUGUAAAAGGAAAUAUCAUUUGAAAGGACAUAUGAUCAGUCAUUCCAGAGAGAAGAAUUUCACUUGCAAAUAUUGUUUCAAAAAGUACAGUUACAAAUGCAGUUUGGUCAGACAUUUGAAAACAGCUUGCCGAGUAUAUGCCCCUGAUUCUUAA